AUGAGACAGCCUGGACAGACAAUCGCCCAAUCACCUGAGAUUUCCCACCUACUCAAGCCGAAUUCGAAAGCGGGGCAGCAGAAUAAGCGCCGACAGACUUGGCUUUCCGGGCCGGGGUCAUUCCAUUGGAUCAAUCAUAAUGCUCAACCGAGAGACUUGCAGGCGGGAUGGGGCCAUCACUGGUGCACAAACCUUGAACGGUUAGGCCCAAUUCGCCCAAAAAAAUGUUAUUCACUGCCAGGCGGUCUCAGUCUUUGGUUGGCUGGGAGCAUCAAGUUUUGCAGGUCGGAGAUUUUCCCUAUGGUCGACGGAGAGGGCUUCUCGAGGGCUUUAGAAGCAAUUAUGGCGUCUCCUUUCCUCUCUUUCUCUUGA